CCUUGAUAGCGACGUGAACAUGUCUGCCUCCACUGUCCGUAUCUCUGCACGCUGGAUAUCUAAAACGUUUGCUCAACUCAGUACGACUUGUGCGCCUUUCCCGUCCUCUAGGAUUAGGAAUAUCUGUGGCCUCACAGUAAAAGGAUGUCGUUACUAUAUGCCGGGGCUCCGUACAAGUCGUUGGAGAGACGACGACCGUGUGACAUUGAGCGAGUUGUCAGGGCUCGAGAGCGUCGGUGUUCCCAGCUCGCGCUCCUUCCACAGCGGUCGCCUGCGACCUGCCCAGCAGGACCUCUACCGCGUGCUGGGGCUCCCGCGCACCGCCACGCAGAAGGACAUCAAGAAGGCCUACUACCAGAUGGCUAAAAAAUACCAUCCUGACACCAACCCAGAUGACCCGCAGGCCAAAGAGAAGUUUGCCAAGAUAGCAGAAGCAUAUGAGGUUCUGAGUGACGAGGUGAAGAGGAAGCAGUACGACACGUAUGGCUCGGCAGAUCCGAGUGCGAGGGGGGCGGAGCAGCAGUACUGGAGGUACGGAAUUCCCACGGACCCAGAGGAGCUCUUCCGGAAGAUCUUCGGGGACUUUGUUGGUGCACGUGGCUUCGGGGACUUCAGCUCCAUGUUUGAGCAGCCGCCAGAGUUUGUGAUGGAGCUGACGUUCACUCAGGCAGCAAAGGGAGAGAACAAGGAGAUCACUGUGAACUUGGAGGACAGCUGCCCACGGUGCAAGGGCAAAGGUCACGAGCCGGGCACCAAGGUCAUGCAUUGCCACUACUGCGGCGGCACAGGCAUGGAGUCGAUAAACACGGGCCCAUUCACGAUGCGUUCCACCUGUCGACGUUGUGGUGGGCAGGGCUCCAUCAUGAUCAUGCCCUGUGUGAUGUGCAGAGGAACAGGCCAGACCAAACAGAGGCAAACUGUCAUGGUGCCAGUACCUGCAGGAGUGGAAGAUGGGCAGACAAUCCGAAUGUCUGUUGGAAAGAAGAAGAUAAAUAUCACAUUCAGAGUCCAGACGAGUCCAGUGUUUCGGCGUGACGGCUCUGAUAUCCACUCUGAUGUGAUGAUCUCAGUGGCUCAGGCUGUCCUUGGGGGAACAGCUCGAGCCCAGGGCCUCUACAACACGGUGGACAUCAUGAUUCCUCCCGGGAUUCAAACAGACCAGACAAUCCGGCUGGGCGGCAAGGGAAUAGCGCACAUGGGCAGGGGCGGAUACGGCGACCACUACGUCCACAUCAAAGUCAGAGUUCCCAGGAAGCUGACUCGCAGACAGCGGGAGCUGAUGCUGAGCUUCGCCCAGGAUGAGACGGACGUGGAGGGCACCGUGCACGGUGUCACCCGGCCACCCACAGGGAGCUCUCAGCAUGCAGGAGAGGCAUCUGGAGCAGAGCAGAAGAGAGAAGAGGAGCAGCCUGAGAAAGAGGAGGCAGGAUUCAUCUCCAGACUGAAGAAGAUGUUCUCAUGAAGAACCCAGCAGGAAGGAGGCCUCAGCACACAGCACUUUACUGCACCUGGGUUAUCUGCCAUCAUUGGCUGCUGUCUCCUGGCUUGGUUAUCUGCUAUGAUUGGCUACCGUCUCAUGGCUGGGUUAUUUGCCAUGACUGGCUGCCGUUGCAUGGCUGGGUUAUGUGCCAUGACUGGCUGUGAUCAGGGUAGAGGCCUACGAGUGUGGAUACUCUUCCAACUCAAUUAUCUGGGGAAAUACAAAGCGCACAGUGGGUGGGAGAGGGAAAAGGGGACAUUAGAGAGUGGACCAACAUCCAGUAGAACACCAGAGAGCUGCUUCUCUUACCCAUCAGACCCUGGGGCUCUAAUAUCUGUUCAUCAUAGAGCUUAUGCUAAUGAAGCUCUGCUAAAAAGUUCUGUGUAACAAAGGCUUGGAACAAUGGUUAUUAAGAAAAAUGCUGAUUGACAGACUAAUUAAUCAUAUGUUUUUACACCUGUGUGACAGCCGUUUGCUGUGGUAUGGUGUGCAUUCUAAGAGACUACAGCACCUGCACAUUUCUAGCAUCAUUAAAACAAGUCAAAGUCAUUGAGCUGUAAGAGUGAAAAACUGAUUUUGUUCUUAAUGAAAGCUCUCCAGCCCAGUUCCUCUAUGUUGUAUGUGUGGGUGGAUGCUAGGGCUUCUGACUGAAAAGGAAAUUUAUGUGAUCAGGGAUCAUUAAAUCUGACUGUCAUUA